AUUGUCAAAAUCACUCAGGUCUUUACACCUUACAAUUUCUCUCACCUUCAACAUGCUGAUCAUGAGACCAGACUAUUCACUCAUUGUGUAAUAUAUCCCUGACCUUAACAUAAUCAACAGCAUUUACUUUCUCUGUCAGUGGUCAUGAUGUUUUUGCUCAUCGGAGUAUCUAAUGGCACCAUACACACCAUAAUAAUUGGAAAAAUAACUUGUAUAAAGAUAUUUGGGUUUGUCUGCUGGAUCUUGGCUUUUACCCCUCGGUUCCUUCUCAGAACCACUGCUUGUGUUCUAGAUCGCAAUCAGAUUGAACUGGCUGUGGCACAUUUCAUUGAGAGUAAUGUGGAGAUCAUUCAGCCCCUGGAAAUAACAAACACACACGUGAUCUUGGAAGUCCAAGGUCUCUCCUUGUUUGGCCUGAUUAUGAAAAGAAUCUUUGGGGAAACCCCCAUCAGUGCCCAAGUCCUUCUCUUCUCCAAAGAAAUGAUUGGAAAGAAGGAAAGGAGGAGAAAACUGGAUAUUCACUUGUUGCCCGGAAAUGUGCCAGUUGAAGAGGUGCGGAAACAACACCAGUGCAGCACAUACAUUCCUUGCAGCUCCAUAUGUGAACUGACGCCUGAUAAAAAAUACAGACCACUCUGUGAACCUCAUAAAUCCCAGCCAAAGGUUGAGAAAUUUCUCUGUGACUAUGGACCCAACUAUCACAUCACAUUUGAGGUGAUCCUUAAGGCGGAGGUUGAAGACCUCACAUUAGGUCUUUCAAAUGAAAUUGGUGAGGAGGUGUGGGAGCCUCGUCAGGUCUUUCUUCCAGUGAAUAGUCGAGAAGCAGCUCCAGUUGUAAUGGAUGAAGGUGUUGAAUUUGUAGAUAAAUACAGAGACACACUCAUACAGAGAGUUGCAUCAGUACUGGAAAUAGCAGAUGCUCUACUCACCAAGAAAAUCAUCACCAAUGAAAUGUACAGUGUUCUCAUCGAGGCAACAACACCACAGGAGAAAAUGAGGAAAUUGUACAGAUUUCUCGACUCAGGAGGAAGAGCUGCCAAAGCAGAAUUCUAUAAAAUCCUGAAGGAGAAGGAGCUUCUUGUAGUGAAUGACCUGCAGUCAGGAUUUGAAUAAUCCAACACUGUCACGAUAAAAAUUAGGACUUAAUGUGUCAGGUUUUUUAUACCCAAUGAUAUGAGCCAUUGUCAUCAUGUCAAUUUCAUUAAUAAUUUUAUUAGCCAAUGGAAAAAUGUAGUAAA